GGCAAAGGAGCAGGGAAAGGAAGUGUGCUACGCCAUCAAAGAUCCCCACGCUCGGCUGCCACAGGGACGGUGCGAGGUCAUCCACGGUUGGGCAGCUCCGGGGAAGCGUGAGCUUUUAGCUUUCUGGAGACUGGCAGAAGCGGCUGCAGCGUCCGGAACGUCUUGUUCCGGAAGCAGACAGGACGCGCUGACGUUGGCCACGCCAGUUUGCAGCUUGCAGGCCAGGGGCGAAGCCGAUGGCUUCUUGGACUGCUGUCAGCCUGAGCAGGGCAGCUGCCCGAUGCUCGAGAGCGCGAGGCCCCAGCGUCCGCGCGGCAGCUCCUCGCAUCUCCCAGCUUGAGAUUCUGGGCUUCCACUCCGCUCCGGGUAGGACGCUGCACCUCACCGCGGAGGCCCCCGCCGGGCACAAUAAGUGGUCCAAAGUCCGGCACAUCAAGGGCCCCAAGGACGCCGAAAGGAGUCGCAUUUUCAAUAAGCUUUGUCUCAGUAUCCGCCUGGCCGUUAAAGAGGGAGGCCCCAACCCUGAGCUCAACAGCAACUUGUCUCACAUCUUAGAGGUGUGUCGAAGCAAGCACAUGCCCAAGUCAACAAUCGAAGCAGCACUGAAAAUGGAGAAAAAUAAGGACAUUUAUUUGCUGUAUGGGGGUCGAGGCCCUGGCGGCUCUUCUCUGCUCAUUGAGGCAUUAUCUAACAGUGGCUCCAAGUGCCAGUCAGACAUUAGACAUAUCCUGAACAAGAAUGGAGGAAUGAUGACUAAAGGAGCAUGUCACUGGUUUGACAAAAAAGGGGUAGUCACCGUUGGAGUGGAGGACAGAGAGAAGAAAGCUGUGAACCUAGAGCGUGCCCUGGAGCUGGCAAUUGAAGCAGGGGCUGAAGAUGUCAAGGAAGCUGAAGAUGAAGAAGAGAACUUUUUUAAAUUUAUUUGUGAUGCCUCUUCACUGCAUCAAGUGCAGAAGAAGCUAGACUCCUUGGGCUUGUGUUCUGUGUCCUGUACACUGGAGUUCAUCCCCCACUCAACGGUACAGCUGGCUGACGCGGACCUCAAGCAGGCUGCUCAUCUUAUCCAGGCUCUUGUCAGCUAUGAAGAUGUGAUCAAUGUCUAUGACAACAUUGAGUAACCAGACUGUAUGUGCCCUUGGGCUCCUUCCUGGGCAAGAGUCAGCCCAUCCUGGAGCACAGGCUUCUACAGCCAUCUCUGAGAUGGAAGUAGGUGAGAAAUGUAGCAGACUAGUCCUAAGGCUAGGACUUGUGGCUUCAGGGUCAAGGGAAUCCCAUACUUCUGUGUGGCUGCUUUGUCAGCUCUGGUGGUGUCUCAGCCCUCCUGGAUGCAGGGUGGGACCAGCCGGCUUGGGUGUCUCUGAUCUCAGGUAGCCCUUGUGGGGACUGUAAGUAUCCCAAAGCCCUGUAUACUAGAAACUGCUCUUUACUUACUUUUUUUUUUUAAAGACAGGGUCUCGCUAUGUAGUUCAGGGUGUCUUUGAACUCGCUAUGUAGCCCAGGCUAGCCUCAAAUGCAUGGUGAUCCUCCUGCCUCAGCUUCCCAAGUGCUGGGAUUACAGGCAUGGGCUACCAUGCCUGGCUAGAAACUGCUCUUUAAUAACAACAGUGGUUGAUCUUGGUUUUGGAUGCCUCUUGAGUUGUCCUGAGUUUGUGCCUGGUUGUUGGGACUUCUAGACUUAAUUUCCAGGUCCCUGGGCUUAGUUCUGUAUUCUAAUCCUAGGACUGUCAUUUAUUUAUUUAUUUUUGAUAGUGGCUGGAUCCAAGCAUUCUGUGGCCUGUUGCUGGUUUAGUUGUCAUUCAUUCAUGUUACAAAUGUUCAUGAAAUUCCUAUUUCUCACAUACUGGCCACGUACCAGGAACCCUACUUACCUAGAGGACAGACUGCUCAGGUGACCCUGUGUUACAUUCUGCUCUAAGAGGUGGGACCUCAGAGGGAGGAUGCAGGGCUGUUCCCUGUGAGAGCUAUGCUAGGACAGUGUGCUGCCAUUGUGCAUCUUUGUCUUCUUUGUGUGGCCUUCGUGCCCUUCUACCAGAGAACUUACAGCUGUAGCCCAGAGGAAAUUAGAUGCUGGUGAUGAGGGACUCCCAAGGCCCUGUGUCGCCUGCCCCCUUGUAUCCUGAGAUUGGUCAGUAGAUUAGGCUCCUCUCCAGAAAGGCUACACCAAGCUAGGUUUGAGAGCCACAAGGACCCAGAACUUCCAGCCCUCUCCUCUUUUCAACCUCCAUGCCAAAUGAUGGAACACUGGGAACUGAGGAGGAAGAAGGGACAGAAGGAAAUGAGAAGGCCUGAGUCAGAAGCCUGUCCCUUGGUGCCUUUUGGUCCUACUAGUCAUUUCCUGGUUCAGAAAGGCCGGAAGGGUCAACCACCUGUCCCUGUCAAGCAGUUGGCCAGGAGUGGCUUUUGGGCACCUGUUAUCCACCUGAUUGUAAGUUGUAAGACAUUUCUGAACUCAGAGUAAUUUUCCUGAAGGAGCCACAGAAAGAUGGAAAAGAACUAAAACCAAAUUGACUAUUCAUAACACCUUUAGCUUCUAGGAAAAACAGUUGACUAAUUUCACAGUGACUUCAACCAAUGAUGAGCAAUGGUUGGGGGAAAGAAAACAAAAAAGUAGUCCAAGAUCAUGCCAAAGGAUAUGCCCUUAUACUUCAUUUCAUAAUCAUACUACUAUCUAGGACUCUUUAGUUUUUGUAGGAGAUAAUUCAUCAACAUAUCUGAAUAGCACAGCAUUGAAAUAGGCAACUUUAAGUCUAUAUGCUACUUCAUAAUCUAGAAGAUACUGUUAUAUGUUGUUUGAUUUUCCCAACAAACCUAUUAAAUAGCCCGGCCAAGUAUUUUAUGCCAAAAUGAUCUCAUACCAAGCAGGUGAAGACACAUUUACUACUAGAUUUUAUAUUUAUAGAACUUGUUUAUAAAAAUAGGUUUGUUUUUCUGUGUAGAUAGGGAAGGGUGGAGGGGGUGAAGGGUGCACAGGUAAUGGGAGAAAAAAUAAAAACUAAGAUGCAUCAUGUUCUGGUACAAACACCCAGUGAUAAAUGUAAAUGUAUUUUAUACCUAAAAUGUACCAAUAAAUAUAUAUAUUUAAAAAAUUAAAAAUUAAAAAAAAUAGGUUUGUUUUGGAAAUAUUGAAUAUAAAUUAAUUUGGAGGAAUCCAAUCAUUUCUAAUUUAAGAAAUGUGUAUUAAAGGAUCCUACUUUUUUUUUUAGUACUGGGGAUCUCACUCAGGACCUUGCGCUUUCGAGGCAGGUGGCAGUACCACUGAGCUAAAUCCCUGUCCC